AUGGGGACGAAAAGAAGAAGAGGAGGUGAUGGCGGAGGAAUGGAAGAAAAUACAAUGGCGAUUCUAGAUACUUCUUGUUUCACUAAAUCUACCCAACAUGUUUCCGAUGACCGGCAAUCUUUUCUUGAAGCUGUUCGCUCUGGAUUCCUUGUUUCUGAUGAUUCUUCUGCGCCCACUAACAAAAUGUAUGGGUCAAUUUUCCAGAUACUGAAAGAUGAGACUUCACUUGAUUUGAUCAUGUCAAGCUAUCAACUCUUACUUGAGUUAGAUAAGCGCUUUCCUCGGGCAUAUCUGUCUGUGCCUGAAAAGUCAGAAUCAUCUUCACCUUCUUCGCUUCCGCAUAAUGAAUUAGUUGUGGUGGAAGAGGCAUGGUCUCCAUUUACAUUUGGCACAGAUGUCUCUUUUAGCCAGAUCUAUGGAGGUUAUGGCAAUAAUAAUGGAUCACUUGAUGCUACUGCUCUCCAAUCUCUAAUAGAAGAUCUCGCUAACGUGCAAAGUGAAGCAAUUACUAACGUACUGGAUACGAAGCCUUUGAGGAAUAUGUUACUGUUCCAGUAUCUAGUGAAUGUUUUUGAAGCAGAUUUUGUACCCCGUAAUUUGGCAUUUACAGAAAAUACAGACUGGAUCGCUUUGAGGGAGUCUUUGCUCAAUAUGAUUUUGGGGUCACGGAAGAUAACCUACAAAGGACUUAUCAAAGAUUGUUUAUCUGCUAUGUGUGAACUGUCUCAAUUUUCAACGGACUGUAUCCAUGAUGUGAGACCUCCAGAAACUGGAAUGGCAGAAGUAACUGAUAGUAAUAGAUGCCAUAUAGCUCUUGCCAUUGCUUUACCUGAAGUAGUAAGGCGAACAUGUGUUGCUUUUCAGAAACUUCUAUCGAUGAUCAUUGAGCUGGACUCAUCUAAGAAAGUAGCAGACAUAGAGGGCUGGACUAUGAGAUCUGAUGGUACAAGAACCCCUGCAGUGGAGAUCAUCUUGGAUGAACUUACCUAUGACAAAAAUAUACUGUUUCCAUUUGUUCAGGCAUUGGAUAAACCGAAACUGAAGCUGUAUAUCACUGUUCAGUAUCUUUACAAGUACAUUCCCAAGACAUCUGUUCGGACCAGGAAAUCUAAUGGCUCGACAGAUGACUCAACAUUUGGUGCUGUUUUAAAGUGCUUUUCAAAUGGGAACAGUACAAAAAACAUCAUAAAGAAAAUUAGUACAGAAGUAGCUCAAUUUCUUUUAGCACAUGCUUUUCAGGCAUAUAUAUUGUUACUGUCUCAGCAUUCAACUGAAUCCAAGGAAGAUAUUUCCGAUGACUCUCUCCCAGUGAUCUGCAAUAAUAUUAUUUCAGCCUUCACAUGCCUCAAAAAAAUAGAUGAGCACACAGAGGUUCUCCCAUUUGCGAAAGAGGCACUUUUCACAGCUGCGAUAAUGCUAUCAAGCUCAUAGGAGUUGAUCUCAUUUUAGUUCAUGGUAAGGUAUAGAACAUAGAAAUAGAUGGUUAACAUGUUCAUUUUUGAUGACCAUCACAUUUGGAACCAUAACUCGUGGAUGAAUGUAAGACUGGUACAUUUUUGUUAUGUGAAUAUAUACUUGAUGCGGUCCGAGUUGUAUUCUAUGUAUAUUCAGUACGACUUGUUUGUA